GCUAUGGGAUUUCUUGACCUUCCUCUCGAGAUCAGGCUGGGAAUUUAUGCCAUGGUCUUUGGCCAUGGCAAGGCGAUGGUAGAAGCCAAUACUGAGGACGACAGUCCCUGCUUGCUCCCCAGGGACAGCAUUUUUCGGAAUCAUAGCCAGAGAUCUGCUCAGCUCCUGAGAGUCAAUCGGACCCUCCUCUUGGAAGCUCGGCCGGUGCUAUAUGCGAACACCAUCUUCCAUGUCUUGACUCAUUCCUCUGCAGGAAAAUUGCCCAGGAGGAUCAGUGACGGCCAUCCAUGUGCGCCGUUCGUGAAGCGCUUGAUCUGGCAACUUGAUUGCGAUAUCCUGAGCUCUUUCGAUCCCGAAGAUGUUCGACUGGAUCUGGUAGAGGCUAUUGGAUGGAUCAGUCUCGACAUUCGAUGCCGAGCGGACACGUGGCGGAAUUCGUUCUUGGGUGAGUGGUGCGACCGUGAAGCAUUUGUCAGAGGACGAGAUCAAGUCAUCACCUAUGCCCACACAUGGCAAAAGGCAAUGGGCCGCAGCAACAGCGCCCAAGUGGCCAUGAUCGAGGAUCGGAGUCAGCUUGGACAAGGGCAAGUUCGUUUGAGCCUGGAUAGGACCAGCUCCGUUCUGGAGCAGAAG